AUGUCCGACGUGCAGCGUCUGGAGGAAGAUGCCCUCCGCCACCUCACGGCAUAUCUGCCACCUAUGCCCAGCAGCACGCACACCGACCAAGACCCAUCCACCGUCCCGCAACCAGAGCUAUCGCACGCACCGUCUUCUUCGCAAACCACCGCCGCCGCCGCUCCCACCGGCCUGCCAUUCGUCACGUUGACCUACGCCGCCUCGCUCGACAGCAUGAUUGCCCUCGCUCCCGGUGCACGAACGAGCCUGUCAGGGGCCGAGUCCAAGGCCAUGACACACUACCUCCGCCUUCGACACGAUGCAAUUCUGGUGGGAGCCGUCACAGCUGCCGUCGACGAUCCUGGCUUGAAUUGUCGCUAUCCUGAUGCCACCAUUCUCGACCAGCCGCGACCCAUUAUUGUGGAUCCCAACGGCCGCUGGAAGGGCAUGGGCAAGAAAGCAUACCAACUCGCCGCAGAGGGCGAGGGUCAAGCUCCGUGGGUCGUCACCACUAGCCAGACAUUCGAGAAAAAGUCGAGACUCCAGGAUAUCGAUGGCGACUACGUGAUUGUGGACGAGAAAGACGCGGAUGGAGCGAUUGAAUGGUAUGCUCUAUUGCGCACGCUGUUUGUGAGGGGUAUCAAGAGCGUGAUGAUUGAAGGCGGAGCGACAGUGAUCAACUCUCUGCUCGCACAGCCGAACCUGGUGAAUGCAGUCAUCAUCACCAUCGCCCCGACCUUUUUGGGUUCAGGAGGUGUCGCUGUCUCGCCCGCAGCGACACAGACUCCGGCGGAUGGUGGUGGGCAGCGAACGAACGCGGCGUGGCUGGACCAGCCUUCGUGGAAGCAAUUCGGCAACGAUGUGGUGUUGUGCGCACGUCUGCGU